AUGAGGAAUAUGCUGUUUUCAAACAGUAUGUGAAAGCUUAAUGAGAGAUUUUGGAUCGAGGAGCUGAUGAAUUAAUUAUUAAAGUUAUGCGUCAAACCAUACGAAUUGUUUGCGUGAAUUAGAUUAGAAUCGUGAUUUUUGCACGUAACUGACCUCUUGGAAUAAGAUUAGAUAAAAAUUCUAUCCUAAAAAUGUCGGGUGGAGAGAGAAAGAAAAGAGGAUGUGAUCGAGGGCAUGGAUGGGAGGAGGCUGGUGCCGAAUUCUAUCAAGAGAGUUAUCCAGCAGCUAUGGAGGCGGAUCUGCAACAGGCACUGCAAAGAGAUCCCUCGCACAUAGCAACUUUACUUCCUAGCAAGAAAUCUCGCGUUGCCACAGCAAAACGAAUUCGUAAUGACACAAAGACCACAUUGAGGAGGCGUACCAGCACUAGAUCUCGCGGUACCACGACUUCAAGGCGUAUGUCGACCAAUAUCACGACGAUGUCAAUGCUGCCAGAUCUAUCGGAAAACUUAUCCAACGAAGAACGCACUUGGGAGGAGAUUAUGCAGAUCAAGGCCAUGCCUGUAUGCAUGUCUCAAAAAAUGCAAUUGAAAAAUCAAUUACAGAGUGCUACGAAGCUAAGACUUCAGGGCUUCGAGCAGCUGAAAUGGCAACGCAGGAAAGCUUGGCAGCAAUUCCGUAUUAGAAUGAAAGAAGCUUAUUCCAAGAUGGAGCUGUGGAACGACAGUCUCAAGAAGAUAGGCGGAAAUUUCGGGAUGGGCAUAGUAGCGUAUUUUUUAUUUAUCAAGUGGCUGAUGUAUCUGAAUCUGCUUUUAUUUGCUAUUAUAUACUUGCUGAUAGUACUGCCAGUGAUAGUGCUGGAGGUACCGGAGAACGAAACAUGCUCGUCCAAUAACGCCGCCAGCGUAGUCUGUUGCUCCGAGUUGUAUAGAAAUAACACCGAUGAAAAUUGCAGGGCACCUAAGGUCUUCUCUCUUCUAUUCUACGGUUCGUAUACACACAAGAUCUAUGAGAGUGUAGGUACUAAUUUCUAUUACAAUUCGCCGCUGUCGUACAUCUGCGCUAUCCUUACCGUCUUCAUUAUUAGUCUGGUAGCGAUCGUACGAUCGGCCGCCAAAAGUUUCAGGGAGAGAAUCGUGGAAGGUGAAGGCCAGUUUUAUCGAUACUGCAAUUUGGUAUUUGGUGGCUGGGAUUACUGUAUUAACAAUGAAAGAUCUGCUUCCAUAAAGCACAAGGCAUUGUAUAAUGAGAUGAAAGCGCUUCUAGAGUCGGAAAGGCUGGAGGAGGAGCGGCGAAAUCGCACACCGGAGGAGGAAACGAAACUGUUCUUCACGCGUCUAUUUGUUAAUUUAAUAAUUCUCACGGUAUUGGGCGGCUGCGGUUUGUUCGUUUAUUACAUAAUCGACUUUUCGUUCACUCAGAUGUCGGCGCAUUUGGCAAAGGAUCACGAAAUAUUGAAUCUAUUCUUUGAAUUCCUUCCAUAUAUAUGUAUCGUCGUACUUAACGUAGCGGUGCCAUUCCUCUUUCGCUAUUUGGUCGCCCUGGAGCAUUAUAAUCCAUCGUAUGUCGUUGAAGUGACGCUAUACAGAACCAUGUUCUUUAGAUUCGCUUCCCUCGCAGUUCUAUUAACGUCUUUGCAUGCGCUUGUCGCGGACAAAAUUCCGGAUAACGAAUGCUCCAAUAAAAAAAACGAACAGCCACUAUGCUGGGAAACGUUCGUGGGACAGCAAUUUAUCAAGCUUUACAGCACCGACAUUUUCAUUCAAUUCUUCAUGACGUUCUUCAUCAAUUUUCCACGGUCGCUGAUUGCACGUCAUACUGAGAACAAGGUUUUGCGCUUCGUCGGCGAGCAGGAAUUUGACUUACCCAAGCACGUACUAGAUAUCUUCUACUCGCAAACGGUCUGCUGGCUCGGCUGCUUCUUUGCCCCGUUACUACCCAUGGUCGCCGUCGUCGGAACAUUUCUGCUGUUUUACAUCAAGAAAUUUACUUGUCUAGUGAACAGUACACCGUCGAAUAAAAUUUACCGUGCCAGUAGGUCGAAUUGCCUGUUCAUGUUCAAUCUGUUGAUCUCUUUUAUCCUGGCGAUGAUACCAGUUGGCUACUCCAUCGCGAAAAUCAUGCCAUCGAAAUCGUGCGGGCCGUUCCGAGGAUUGGAGACCGUUUGGUCAUUUUUGAGCAUGACGUUCUCGCUGUUUCCUAACUGGCUGCAGUCAACUCUGUCCUUUUUAGGUACGGCUGCCUUCGGUAUACCGGCGUUUGUCAUUCUCUCUUUGCUCCUCUAUUACUAUUACGUGAUGUGGUUGGCAAACAAGCACAUGGUGACAGUAUUGAAAAACCAAUUGGUACUGGAAGGUCAUGAUAAACAGUUCUUAUUGAACAGGCUCAGCGCUUUCAUCAAGCAGCAACAGGAUCAGAACAAGUUUCACCAGGAGCAGGUUAAUGAGUUAGGCACGUUUCAACAUGUAUAAAUAGUAUGAAACUUGAUUUCUUUAUUCUUAUGAAUGUACAAAUUUAGUGAAAACAUACAUUUUUACAUAACAUUUUUACAGUGUAACCACGCGGUUCGAAUGCAUUGUUUUACUUGAGAUUUUUGUAGGUUUUACUUUUUAUAGAUUUUAUUUAUGAAACGUAAGACUGUCGACUUUGUCUUCAUUAUAUUAUUCACGAGUGGCACUUAUAUAACAAUUUUUUGAUAUUCUAUCGAAUUGGGAUAAAAGUUAUACAGGCAACAAUGAGCGCGGACAAUACCAAAAAGAUUAAUACGUAAUUUACUUACUGUCUAUUGCAGUGUCUUGCAUUUUAUAUAAACUGAUGCUUUUCAAGAUUUGUAUUACAGUUGUAAUCACUGCCACAAACAUUAGUUUCCGUUAGUCUUUAGAUCAAUUUCGAGAACUUUCAAACGGGACAUAUCUCACAUUCUAGGAAAUUCAAUCAUCUUAUUUGUAUGAAAAUGCACAUCUGAAAUCAGGGUACAAA